AUGAGGAGCCACAGCCUCACCCUGCUCUCCUUCCUCCUUCUGGCUGCUCCGAUGCUCCUGGUGGAGGCCACAAAGGAAGAAACCCAUAGACAGGGCAGCAAAGCCAGCACGGAUAAAUUGCAAGCUCUAGGUAAGCCCCAGAUUGAGUCGAGGAGCCAGUCACCCAAGAGCCUGACCAAAGGCAAGUUCAUCACCCAAGACCAUGCUGACUGCGGAUGGGUGGUGACCAAGCAGGAGGAGGGCAUCGCCCUGAAGGUCGAGUGCAGUCGACAGGACAACAACUUUUCAUGUUUCUUCACUGGCAAUCCAAUCCCAUGCCUAGAGUCAGACAAAAAGAAUGUCUAUUGGAAACAAAUUGGCCGGAAACUGCGUUCUCAGAAGGUCAUCUGUGGUGACGCCAAGAGCAUCCUGAAGACCAGGGUGUGCAGAAAGAAGUUUCCAGAAUCCAAUCUCAAGCUGGUGAACUCCACUCUGAUUAGGAGCAAGAAGCCCAGCCAGGAGUUAAUGGAACCCUCUUCCAAGGAGCAGAGGGAGGUCAAAGUGACUACCCCUUCCAGCCCAGUGAAGACCCAGACCAUGACCACUAAAGAUCCUGCAUGUGUGGAGGACCCAGACGUGGUAGAACACAGUAAGAUUGCCAUGGAGUACUGUGGGGAGUCCUGGAGCUUUUUCUGCAAAUUAUUCCUCUCCAUGGUACACGGCAGUUCAUGCUAAAGAGGUCAAAAGAGAACAGAGUCCAUUAGGAGGUGUCAUGUCAAAGCCCUCCACAUGCUGUAAAGAUCUCCCAGUUCUCUGUAAGAUGAACUUUUGUGCUGUGGAAGUGCAAUGGAUUAUUUAAACAGAUUUUGUAAUUUUUGCUUCUGUGUUUUGGAAUUUGUUUUAUAUUCAUUUUCUUGGAUGUGAUUUUAAGAGGCUGUUGACCUCUGUAUGUUAUUGUGACCCACAAAGCUAUGUUUCUAUGAGCAGUAAGGACCAGUUUUUGAGCUGAACGAGUCAGAGAUGAUUUCAGUGCAAUGCACUUUCUGCCCAAUUAACAAAGAUAAUAAAGCUCUGUGCAUUUUUCAGAAAUA